AGGAUCAAAACGGAUAGCGCAACACGUUCCUCCAGAACUAUGGCUAACAAUUUGAUUCUGCUGUCCGCUAUGAAGACAUAUACGGGUAUCGAUCAAGAAACACUCAAGAAAUGUUUUACUGAGUUUACCAAAACUCGGAAAUACAUUUGUACUAUGCAUUUUGUGAAUGCGGCUCAAUAUAUACUGGACGAUGUAUUGAAGGCUGGUGGCACUCUUUCACAAGUAAAAAAUGGCAAUUUCAUUUUGAACGGGGUCCCAGUAUUUGUCUCGAAAAAAUUGAAUUCUGCAACAACAUCAUUUGCAGAUGAGGUCUUAAUCAGCAGCAAUGAUGUGAUAACUUUUGAAAAUUAUUAUAUGGAACGCUAUUGUGACAAUGGAUGCUGGAAUAUCCCCGAGGCACACCCAAAGAUCAAAAAAGAAAAGCAAACUCAUAUUAAAGAGGAGAAGACUCAUAUUGAGGCGAUAAUGUUGAUGGAGGAUAAAGCUGGCACUUCAGACGCAUCUAAUGACGCGAAUGAGACGACGAACGACUUUUUCAUUCCCGAAGAACAGGCUGAAUCGACAGCGGAUAGCGAAAAUCCAUUGGAGCUGAGCGAAACUGAUCCAUCACUGCUCAACAAAGUCUUCUCAGUACAGGGUAAAGACCUUCUCGAGCUAUUCCACCUGAGCCGAUGCGGAUGCGAAGACAAUAGUGCCGGACGAGUACGCCUAAUUGAAAAAGAUUCCGCUCCAGUCAUACUUUAUGUGUCCACGGGAAAAGAGCCAGAGGUGAAACGAUGGAAGGGGCAAGUAGGCAGUUGAGUUCUUCUCCAUUUGGCAUUUGAAUUUAUCGCUAUCUACGCUUUGUUUUUUUGCUUUUCUCAUUUUUCCACUCUAUCACGUACUUACAAUCAUGCUUGAAGUGUUUAUUUAAUUUCGAUAACUUAUAGAGAAGCUGUUGUCUUCACAUUGUUGAGCUCUUGCAAUAGUGUCACAGUUGCUGAAUGUUAUCUUGUCACUCUUCUAUCACGUGCCACUGAUUCUUCUCGGAGGUUUUUUGUCCAAAAUUCGCGAAGGUGCACUUUUCAUUGUGACCCGAAAAAUCGUUCUCAAAAAACAAGAAUUCCGGUAGGGUUGUCGUCAUAAUACAGUAUGAACUCCUGAUCGAGCUAUGAAUAUCAGCUAUCAUAGGCAUUUCCGGGAACAGUGGAGGUUAAUGGCAGAAAUGUUUUGUACAGAAAACGGCGUCUUUACUUUCCAAUGUGUGACGUUAUGUAUAAAGGCUAUUAC